AUGAGCUACGCCUCGAACCGCACGCCCGGUGUCGCCCGGGCGGCCGUGGCGAGCACCGGCGCUAGACAGCGCGACGUGCGCGCGAGCUCCGUCGCCCCAUCGUCCGCGGCAGCUUCCGGCGAGACCUCCGUGAGGCUCUCGUCGUCGGCCGCGCAGCCGAUGGUCGGGCUGGGCACGUGGCAGGCCCCCAAGGGCCAGGUGCGAGACGCGGUGAAGGCCGCCCUGGAGGGGGGAUACGUCCAUCUCGAUUGCGCUGCGGCGUACGCGAACGAGGAGGAGGUCGGCGAGGCCCUCGCGGACGCGUUCGCCCGCGGCGUGGCGCGCAGGGACGACCUAUUCAUCACCUCCAAGCUGUGGAACGAUCGGAGGCGCCCCGCCGACGUGCGCGCGGGGCUGCUCCAGACGCUCAAGGACCUGCGGCUCGAGUACCUCGACCUCUACCUGAUCCACUGGCCGGUGUGUUGGCGCAGGGGCACGCUGCUGCAGGACGACGCGGAUGCCAGCAUCCUCGAGUGCUGGCGGGAGCUGGAGCGAUGCGUGGACGAGGGGCUCAUCAGAUCCAUCGGCGUUUCCAACUUCUCCGAGGCGAGGCUGGAGGAACUGAUCCGCGACGCGCGCAUAAAGCCCGCGGUGAACCAGAUAGAGUCGCACCCCCUGCUCCCGAACACCGAGCUCGUGCGGUGGUGCCAGUCCAACGGCGUCGCGGUCACCGCCUACUCGCCCCUCGCUCAGGGCGGUAAGGUGUUCGCGGACGAGACUGUCGUCUCAAUCGCCGCCAAACACGGGGUGACCCCGGCGCAGGUGCUGCUCCGUUGGAACGUGGAACGCGGGGUGGUGGUCAUACCCAAGUCCGUCACGCCCGCGCGCAUCGCGCAGAACGCGGACGUCUUCGGGUUCGGGCUAGACGCCGAUGACAUGCGAAGGAUGGAAUCGCUGGACGCCGACGCGACCACCACGCCUAGCCCGUGGAGCGACAUUGGACCCGCGGCGAGAAGAAACAAAAUCUUACGGCCGCUGCUCAGCGCGGUGCUCAGGCCGUUCUUUUGGAUAGUCAGGGUGGACGUGCAGAGGAUGGGUCGCAAGGGGUUCAUCUCGUGGGCGUGGAGUCGCGACGAGAACCUCGACUGA